CAUACGUCAGGCGCCGCGCUGCACCGUGAAGAUGGCGGAGGCUGCGGACACCGCACAACAUCGGUUUUUCUGUCAUUGCUGUAAAUGUGAAACUAACCCCAAACUCCCGGAUUUAGUCUGCCCCAGAUGUGACUCCGGCUUUAUUGAGGAGGUGGCAGAGGACUCAAGUCUCCUGCAGGACAGCUCAUCAUCCUCCAGUGAAGAAUCAAACUCGUUCUCAGAACUAUGGCAACUCUUGUUUAUGGAACGCUCUGCCCUACUGUCACAUCCGCCUUCCUCAGAAUCAAACCCAGGCGACAGCGAGCAGACUUCUCCUGAUCUGAGCUGUCCAUCUCCAGCACUGUCUGGCGCUACUGACACCACAGAGUCAGAGUUGUCCUCCUCGCCAGUGCAGGAGACGUCGUCGAGGCCUGAACAGAGGCCUGCAGUAGAAGGUAUCGUGCAGCAGUUCUUGUCAGGCCUCUUUGCCAAUAACGGAAACCCCGGUGCUGCACCAGCUGCGUUAUACAGCAUGCUACAGUUGUAUGGAAACCCUGGAGAUUAUGCGUGGGGUCAGGGAGGUCUGGAUGCUGUCAUCACAGAGUUGUUAGGACAAUUGGAGAGUUCGGGUCCUCCUCCUGCAGAAAAAGACAUGAUCUCAUCCCUGCCAACGGUUUGCAUCUCUAAGGAACAGACAGACUGCAGACUGGAGUGUCCGGUGUGUAGGGAGGAGUAUGUACUAGGAGAAUCUGUCAGGAAGCUUCCCUGCCUCCAUUUCUUCCACAGUGAAUGUAUAGUGCCUUGGCUGGAGUUGCAUGAUACCUGCCCUGUGUGCCGAAAAAGCCUUGACGGCAUCGAUAACAGCCUCCUGCCCACAUCAGAACCCCCAGACGCUCGCUCCAUCCGCACAGAGCAACAGGAGAGACAAGCGAUCUGAGAAACGGGCCAAGAUACUCUACCUCCUUCACUGUUUUCAAGAGACACAGAGACUGCUUUAAAAUAAAAUGAACAUCAUGCAUCAUUCAUCAUUUGCAGCUCCAACUUUUACUUGAUUCUCUGUUGAGGACCUUUAUGUUUACAGUUCCCGCAUUUUUAUGUUAAAGCUAUUUUAACACAUGAAAGCAGCCUGGCAUGAUGGAGGUGUAGUGCCCUUCUUGCCACACUGCACUCUGAGGUGGAUUUCUGAAUGACUGACUUUGAUGUCAUGAACUAAUCACCACUCAGCUCUCAGUGGUUUUUAAAACGAUGGGAUUACAGAGUUUUGAAGUCUAUGAAGUCUUGGUAAACGGAUUUCUUAAUGCAGUAUAAGUUGUGAGAUUUUUUUUAUCUGAUCUCUCUAUUGAAAGCUGUUAUUAAAGGCUAACCCAUGAUCCUAGA